ACAACAUCUAUACCCACGUGAACCAUGACCUGACACGACACUGAAAAUGGUCUUUUCUAAUUGGAGCAUGUUAGGUGAUGUGGUGAAACAGUUUAUGUGUGCUACUUUGCUUAUCUGCCCACCGGUCUAUAACAGCUCUCAUUCUCAUUUACUACCAGUCAGACCUCAUUCUCACUCUAUACCAGACACUUCCCAUUUGCUCUGGUUACGCGUUGUAUGCAGCAAUGCAUAUCCCUCUGACCUGGUUCUUGCUGGCCCUGGCUGUGUGGCACCCUGCUCCGACCGCCUGGUCAACCGUGGUUGAAGACUUCAACCAUGUGGAGAGGUGCAAGGACUCGCUGUACAUGGGCACCCCACCCCGGGGCAUCUUUGGUGCCAACCUAAAGAAAAUUUGCCAGCGCUACGCCGACAAACCGCGCUUUGUUACCCUCUACGACUCCAAAAAACGCAUCCCUGUCUACUCGGCCUACACCUUCAAGAAGACAGAGGGUGACAGGCGGGUGGAUUAUCCAUGGAUGUUCGAGCCUCAGCUUGCAGAGACAGAUGGCAAUGGAAACAUGAUGCCUUUUCCCACUGGAUAUUUGCACAUGAAGUUUGAAGACAGCCAGGCGGUUCUCGAUGAUUACUCUGAUGUGGUUCUCUACGAACGUGGCCACUUGAACCCAGAUCAACAUCAGUCUCACCCUCAUGACCGCGCUGCCACCUACACGCUGACCAAUGUCGUGCCAGAAAUCCGUGAGUUCAACAUCGGCCCGUGGCGUGAAUACGAGGAGCGCAUCCGCAUUCGCCUCAACAACUACUGCCGAGGCACUGCCUUCAUCGUGACGGGGGUGACCACAAGGGGCAACAUGAUCCGCCGCAACAAUCAAGAUCGCGUAGCCAUUCCCGAAGACAUCUGGUCGGCCUACUGCUGCACCGAGUACGACCGUAACGCACCUCACGACGUCCGCAUACGCUUCCCCUCGCACGGAGCUCUGGCCAAAAACUCCAAGGAGGGCAGCUCUGUGCAGGAGUUCACCGUGAUGGAGCUGGAGAACUUCCUGAAAUUCCACAUGAACGUGGACCAGAACCUGCAGAUCUUCUAUGACAACUGCAUCUCUCCCUCGCCUCUCCCCCUCUACCUGCACCACACCAUCUGACGCAAAUUGCCGACCUCCAGAGCCAAACCGCGCCGCCGCUCUCGGGGUCGGUGCUUCCCAUGAUCUAUGACUAUUUGUGUCUUCGGGUUUAUGAGAGUCAUCUUUUUUCCCAUAUCAUUUCUUAACUGAUAUGAUAAGAAAUUGCGGUUUAGAUUGUAGUCAUAGUUCACAAGCUUAUUGUGUGUCACAAGGUAAAAGAGGGUUUGAUAAGAUGCCAACAUGUACUUCUUUAUGUGAUGUAACAGCAGUUUGCAGAUGUUAGAGAUGGUUAGAGAUACAAUGUUAUGAGCUUCUUUCAUUUCCACUUAACGUGUUAACUCACCAUAUUUAACAAUGAUUGCAAAAGUUAUGAAUGGAUAAACUCCCCAUUGCCAUUCAAAUAUGUGCUGUCUCAUUUCCCUUGAUUGCUAAGAAGCCAUUUUUCUUUGACAUUAAAACACAGACAUAUUUCCAA